AUGAUCCUCUCUUUCAACUACACAGCUGCGAAACAAGAUAACAGUUUGGAACAAUUUUGUCUUGGUUUUGUCAUCGUUAUAGUUGUGAAUAUUAUAUCCAUUUUCUACUAUAUUUUGAAUGUUUGGAUUGAUAUUCGAAUUGGGAAAUUUGACACAAAUGUCCUUAAAAUCCAUCAGUUCAUCUAUAUCACAUGCCCAAUUGGUUCCGUUGUGCUCAUUGCUCAAAAAUUGAUGAUUCUGUUCGAAAUGCCCGAAGGAUAUGAUUAUGAAAACCAAACGUUCCAAUUUCUUCAUCAUUUGAGGACUUCUACAGUGUUUCCAGGAUUGAUAUGUUUGACUGCUUUUGUUAUAGAGAGAUUCUGUGCAACAUACUUGGCCAAGGAUUAUGAGCAAAAAAACCGCUGGUGGAUUGGCAUAUUGAUUGGAAUUGGAUUGUAUACUGUAGGAGGUUUACUGGCAUACUCUCUUGCUUUAUUUGCAACAAGUCUCUAUCAUACAAUUUUUCUAUUGGUAUUGAGUUUGACAAGCUGUAUGGGUAAUGUUUUGAACUAUAAAAUAAACAGUAAAUAUUUGAAUUUGUGUCAACGGAAUGCCAGUGGGAAGUAUUCACUUACUGAAAGAUAUCAGAUAUCUGAUAAUAUUCAUUUCACAUUCUUUUUUACAAGAUUUGCAUCUAGUAUCUUCUUUUUUACUAUCCUCUGUCCUCUUCUGAUGCUGGCAGCAAGUCUGGAUAUCUCGUGGUUUUAUCGUAAUCUGUGUAUCACUUUGUUCGAAUUGAGCUACAGUGUUUACACAAUAUUCACUCCAUACAUCAUCUACAAAUUCAAUAUCCGUUGGCAACAGGAAUUCAGAAGACUAGUAUCCAGAUUUAUGUCACGAUUCCGCUCAAAAAGAAUCGAUGUGACGGCAGAACCAUGUGCAGACGGGAGUAAUGUGAAUUUAAGGAAUACAUUUGGAAUCGAGAUGAAUAUUGAUAUCAAGAGACAAUCGGAUACGUAUUUCGAACAAUUGAAGAUGUCGUGGAAUGUUCCAGACAUCUGA